CACUACAGUAAACAGGAAGUAGGGAGAUUCGUGGCGCUGGUGCGAAGAAGGCGGAGGAUUCCUGAGUGACUCCCUCAUCUCCCGCGGUUAGAGCCGCUCGCCGUCCUUCUGCACUUCCCGCCCCCGGCCCACAGGAAGUCUGCCGGAGGCGGCUGCCUCUGAGUGCCGAGCCAUGGCUGAAUACUCCUAUGUAAAGUCCACCAAACUCGUGCUCAAGGGAACGAAGGCCAAGAGUAAGAAGAAGAAAAGCAAAGAUAAGAAGAGAAAACGGGAGGAAGAUGAAGAAACACAACUUGAUAUUGUGGGAAUCUGGUGGACUGUUUCCAACUUUGGGGAGAUUUCAGGAACCAUUGCCAUUGAAAUGGAUAAAGGAGCCUAUAUCCAUGCACUGGACAAUGGCCUUUUUACUCUGGGAGCUCCACAUAGAGAAGUUGAUGAGGGCCCUAGUCCCCCAGAGCAGUUUACUGCUGUGAAACUGUCUGAUUCCAGAAUUGCCCUGAAAUCGGGCUAUGGAAAAUACCUUGGUAUAAAUUCAGAUGGACUUGUCGUUGGGCGUUCGGAUGCAAUUGGGCCAAGAGAACAAUGGGAACCAGUGUUUCAAGAUGGGAAAAUGGCUUUAUUGGCUUCAAAUAGCUGCUUUAUUAGAUGUAACGAAGCAGGUGAUAUAGAAGCAAAGAAUAAAACAGCAGGAGAAGAAGAAAUGAUUAAGAUUAGAUCCUGUGCUGAAAGAGAAACCAAAAAGAAAGAUGACAUCCCAGAAGAAGACAAAGGAAAUGUGAAGCAGUGUGAAAUCAACUAUGUAAAGAAAUUUCAGAGCUUCCAAGACCACAAACUCAAAAUAAGCAAAGAAGAUAGUAAAAUUCUUAAAAAGGCUCGGAAAGAUGGAUUUUUGCAUGAGACGCUUCUGGACAGGAGAGCCAAAUUGAAAGCUGACCGAUACUGCAAGUGAAUGAGAUGGUUUUUUGUUGUUUUGCUGGGAUUGUUUGUAUGUUUUUGUCCUGAAUAAAAGUAUUCAUUAUAA